AUGUUGCCUAACUUUAAUCGUUAUUCAAGCUUGAGCGUCAGUGCACCAAAUUUGGCUGCUCUACGACAACGGCAACAGUUUGAAAUGGGAGAGUUUGGAGCAAAUGAUUCAGUGCUUAUUCGCAAUGAUGAUUAUGUACAAAGUGUCUUGCAAGAUUUGGUCAAUGAUCCGCCGCAGUUUUCUAGUUUUCAUGCUGCAUCUGUUGCCGCUGGAAGUGCAUCGACACUGAUGACUUCUGACCGGGGUGCUGCUAACGAUGGUAAUUUGAACGUUAGUGGAGGCCAGGAAUGUUGGGAUCAGGGAGCGACUUCAAACAGUCCGGCAUCUCCACUUCCCUUUGAAUCGGUUCAAAUGUCUGUAUUACCGACAGAGGAGCAAGCAGUUCACGUGACGCCACAAAUAAUCAGUAUGCUUUCCAUGUAUAUAAAACAUUUUGCUUAUGUUCCUUUCUACCCAUCGAUUUUGUUUGCUCUUUUAGCUUGUUUAAAUGAAACUUUGAAGCACUUAAUUGCUUUUUUUGGGUGUAGAUGGGGAGGUGUUCUUUUCGAAUUUCUAUUAUGUCUUAUAUCAGAAUAA